UGCACACUUUGGCCGUGAUUGACUCAGUGUUUGCUGCGAAAACCUAAGUAACACUGCAGGGAGGGAACUAAGUCCGAUCAGUCCUUGACCGUAUGUCAUAGAGCGAUUGAUCAAUCUGCAGCCCGUCCUUCUACUCCACCACGAUGCCGGUAAAGAUCCUCGAGGCCGAAGAUGCGGACAUGAAACGAGUUUUCGAAUGCGCGGCAUUGGCUUUCGACCGAAAUGAGCCGUUCUUUGACAUAAUCUACCCCAAGCACUGGCUCGACACCGGACGAACGCAAGGUGGGGAGCGGAUGUGUCAAAUCAAGAACAGCGACCCACAUACGACAUUUCUGAAGGCUGUAGAUGAGGAGAGUGGCGUGAUCAUGGGUAUGGCCAAAUGGAACGUCUACGCUCACAACACCUUACCGGACCUCUCAGCAGUCCAAUACCGUGAGAACCUCUGGGACAGCGACGACGGAAUGGCCUACGCGAGCACGUUGGUUAACGUCUUCCUCAAGGAGCGCAACGCGGCGAUACGACAGUCGGGCGGUAACCUAGUAAGCCUGGAUAUCCUUGCCAUCGACCCGAAGUAUCAGAGGCGAGGCGUCGGCGAUGCCUUGGUCAAAUGGGGCACUGGUAAGGCGGACGAACUCGGAGUGCAGGCUGUCGUUGAGAGCAGCGUGUUUGGCAAAGGGUUGUAUGAGAAGAACGGUUUCGUUUUCAUUAAAGAUGUGAAGGUGGAAGCACCUGAGCCGUGGCUAGGAAGGGAUGCUGGGCAAUUUGCUUGGCUGAUCAGACCUAAGAAGUCAUAGCAUAGCCGAGCACCGUACGAAUUGCACACCGCACAGCUGCACUGUUCGAUCGACGUACGGAAGAGUGAAAGAUAGCAAGAGAUCGAAAUGAUGUACGCUAUGCUAUAUCAUCGUUUCGUUCGUCACAAUGCCAAAAGGUCCAAGUGCUAGU